AUGAUCUUUAACCCAGGUGCGCUAGUCGGUUAUGUGGGACUGUUAAUACUCAUCUUGGAAACGCCAGUCCUUUCAAUCCCGACACUACUGGAGCGAACGGCCCCCGAUUUGGCAAAGGUUACACUCUCUGGCGCCACGGAGUCAGCUGAUUCAACACCGCAAUCAUCUCGAGUGUUAAACGAUGUCGGAGCUCAGAUGAGGCUAGAGGUACCCUCAGGCCCAUAUGAUAUCCUUGAAGCUCAGAGGGACACUCACCGACCUGUUGGGAAAGACGACGGGCAUGCCAAGCACAUCCAGAAUGGUCAAGGAACAAACAAUAUUCCGCAAGGAAAAAAAGGGGAGCCAGAAGAUGGGAAUGGCAAUCAUUUCAAUCUGAAUCCAGGAAUGAUUGAUCACCCUGGAAAAUAUAAGAUAAGACGAGAUAAAGUAUAUAUAUCUAUUGAGGACUUUGUUCUUGUGUCAGAGAAGUUCUUUCAGCUGGAUAAUAUUGGAAUAUCCAGUUUGAAGAGAUGGCUGGAAGCAGUGCUGGUUGGAAAAUCUUAUGAAAUCCCUUACUUGGUUGAUCAUGCUUUGGCUUUUAUGAAAACACAUUUCAGUGAGAAAUUCUUUAGUUUUUGUGAAGGUAGCUCUGAGUUACAGUUUAAAAACUUGUUCAUGAAAAAGUUUGGCCUUCUUACCCUGGAGGAAGACAUUGAACUUUACAACCCACAUGCCUCAGAAGACCAAAUAAGUUCAAUACAACUGUUUGCAUUGGGCACAAAAGCACUAGACAGAGAAGCAUCCCCACUGCAGACUUAUUGGUAUUUCCAGCAUCUUGAAGAAAUGCUCAAACAUUGGAAUGAUGUCUCAUCCCCAGGCAAAGAUACAGUAUUGAUUUCAUGGGAAGAUUUCCAAAUUCUGUACCAUAAAUUCCAUUUUGAUAUUGAAGCUCCAUCAUCUGAAAAUUUGGCUGAUUACUUGAAAAAAUUGGCAAUCUGGGACAUCAAUCAUGAGAAGGAAGAAAUAUCAAUUCAUAAACUGAUGCAUUACACAUUCCUUUAUUUCUAUGAAAAAAAUCACCAAUUUGGUGAGGGACACUUUCGAGUUGCAGAUAUGAAUGACCUUCUUUAUCUUGAAGACCAUUGGGGGAAAAUAUUUUGUCAUGAAAUAACUACCAACAGAGCUAUUGUUCAAAAGAUAGAUUCAUUGGAGAUUGCUUUAUCAAAAGAGGAGAAGAACUCACUCAUUACAUUCCUGAAAAAAAGUUAUAAGAAGGAUUUUGAGGUUUCCACUGUAGAAGAACUGAACUUAAAUGAUUGGGAAAUCUUGCUUGAAGAUUGGAAGAAAACCAAAAUUCAAAAAAAUCCAAAUGACUACCAAAUAAGUGGGAAUGACGUAGUGCCAAAUGGAAGAACACCUUCACAUAUGCAAAAGGGGGAUAUUCCAAUGUGA